AUGGUCUCAAUCGCUACUACGACCUUAGCAGUGGAUCCCAAUGGGUGGAGAAUCAACACCUGCUCGUUUCAACAGGAUGCCAUUAUGUCUUAUGGAGAGUACCAAUAUGUAGUGUUGUAUCGGACCCUUGAAGACUCAGAUCCUCUGGGUCCCCGUGUGACAUCAAUUGGCCGCAAACGGCUUUCCAUUGCCAAUCUGACUUGGGAUUUCAUAAUUUUUCAUGACUAUGUCCAGACCAAAGAUGAUGGUCACAAUGUUAUCAGUAUGGGCAUCAGUCUGGAUGGCAUUAUCCAUAUGGCUUGGGAUAUGCAUGGAGAUAGCAUCCAUUAUAGGAAAUCUGUGCUCGGACUUGCCACCACCAAGGGAGAGUCUCGUUUGACUUGGCUGGCUGCCUCCUUUGGUCCAGUGCAAGGUCAAUUGGAUUGUGAAGAUAAGCUAUUUAAUUUUGAUGAGAUCACGUAUCCCAGAUUUCAAACCUUGGACAACGGAAACUUACUUUUGGAGUUUCGGUCAGGAAGAUCCGGCCUUGGAGACUGUUAUAUCUAUCAAUUCAGUAAAUUCACUCAUAAGUGGAGUCAAGUGGGCAUGUAUAUCCAUGGCGUGGAAAAUAAUGCUUACAUUCAUGGUUUCGACUAUUGUGGAGGUAAGCUCCAUGUAUCAUGGACAUAUAGGGAUUUUGUCGAAGAUCGAACCAUUGCAACAUCUACUUCUACCCUGCAAGCUGGACCAAACGGGCCAGAGAACAAUCAUGACCUUCACUAUAUGUAUUCCCCCGAUUAUGGAUUGACCUGGUACAAUUCCAAAAAUGUAAAAUUGGAUGCUCCUGUUGAUAUCUACCAGGACACUUUGGCAGUAGAAAUUGGGAAGUAUUCUGGCAUCAUGAAUCAGGAGGGUCAAUGUGUUGGUGAUAAUGGAAGCGUACAUGUGCUUGGACGAGAGUAUGGGAAAUAUUUCCAUUACUGGAAAACAUCCAAUGAGUGGAGAAAAGAGCAAAUAGGAGAUUAUGAGGCUCCUCUUUUCGGCGCUAGAGGCAAAGUUUUGGUUAGAAACAACCAGUUGCUUGCUUUGUUACCUCUCAAUGGACAUGAAUUUGUCAUUGUCCAAAAAUUUGGAGAUAAGUGGAACCUUCUUCAUCAAUUUCAUGGUCUUGACGGUGAACCUUUGGUGGAUAGAUACUCGAGUGGUAUAUAUAUUCUACAGAGAGAAGGCGAUCCAGAAAACAAAGAAAUUGGGGGCCGUGCCACUGGAAUCAGACGAAGAAACAUAGUAAUAAUAGAGAUUCUGUAA